AUGUGGGGGUUAUGCAAGAAGCAUUUUCCGAGCAAUAAAAUUCAAGUGCAGGAGAGAAACAAAGCAUUAAAACCAAAGAAGAGUGGCAGCGAACAUAAGACAAAGCAACUGUUUCCUGUAUUCAAUUGCAAGAAGAAGGAAAAAGGGGUAAUGAUACGGUUUGCGAUUCUACGUAAUGCUAACACAUCUCUACUGUCCGCGAGAAGUAUAUGCUUAUUUACCCAGGCGCCUACCUAUUGUCAUGUAAGGUUGAAUACCUUGAAUAAAAGCAUUACAACUAAAAGAAAUUCAUUGACAGAGUCGAAAAGGCAUGUCCAUGAUGGCAAGCAUUUUUUUACGACGCCACAUCAACAGCAACAGACGAAGUUGGGGGAAAUUGAAGAGGGACACAGUCCUAACAUAAAAGGAGAGGACUUGAGAAGCAUUGGUCAAGCAAUAACACAUCAGCGAAACAAGCGCCGAAAGCAAAUAUGGUCCGCCAUAUUUGGUGGUAUAUUCGGUGUGAUAUUAGGAUACUCACUAAUCUAUAGAGUGAUAUAUUUAAAGGAACAAAGUUUCUUACCAUUGUUUCCAUCAUCCAAGAUACGUAAACUGAGUACCAGAGAUUUGAAAAAGGUUGACGUAAACCAAGUACAGAAGCUUUCUAAAUUAAGGGUUUUAGAGAUAUUAUCCGGUCAUGACAUGAUCAAGGAACAAUACGGAGUACCAUUGCUUGAUAAAGAUGGCAAUUCACCCACGUUAAAUGAAUUCAGCAUGUGGUGCGAAGAUCAAGAUCCAUGUGUAACUGGUAUUGUAAUGGAGCCAGACGAUAAAAGGGAUAGUUCGCACACUUGGUAUAGAAUACCCUUUGUUUGCAAAUGGAGGAUAACGCAUCGGCCAAUAAGUAUACGGGGAACCAUCGACGAUUUACUGAACCGCAUUGGUUUGGAAACAGCCGAUUUAUUUGAGAUUAUAUCGCCGGAGAGGGUAUACGGGUCGUUCAAGUACGAAUACCCACUGCAGGGGGACUCACAUGCAUUACACCUUUGGUUUCAUGGCGAAAUCGAACUGGACGAUGAUUCUUUGAUUGUAUAUAAUGGAAAAUACCACGUUGAUGUUAAAUUGCAAGAAAUCGACCUCUUCAGACGUGAAAAGAACGGACAACUAAUACAGUACGUUCUAUACAAAAACGAAGCGGGCGACAAGUAA